GGAAAGGUUAAGUGAGUAUAUCUGGUAAUGUAAUAUUCAAACUCAAUAUAUUUACUUAUGCUGUGGUUAUAAACAGUAUUCAGAUUUAUAAUGAAACAUACAAAAUAGUGCUUAUAAUAUUAGCACGAAACAAAAGUCAUAUAUAAAAAAUAGACUAUAUUUAAUGCACUUAACAGAAUAAAUAAUACUGAUUGAAAUACACCCGUGAUACAGUUGCACAUGUCAUUACUGCUAGUCAUCACAUAGUUCUACAUUACCAGUUACUUUCUGUAUGGUUUACUUUAUGCGUCAGUGUGUCAGUGCACACUGCGCAACUGCCGUUUCUCUAGGCACUGAAAAAGAGAACAAAAAUGGCUCUCGAUAAUUUUCUCUUUGCCCAGUGUAUACUUUAUUUUUUGGCUUUUCUCUUUGGGUUUAUCGCCGUAGUUCCGUUAUCUGAAAACGGUGAUGAUUUCCAAGGGAAAUGUCUGCUAUUUACUCGGGGGAUGUGGCAGAACGAGAACAUCACAGUGGAGAAACAGAGGUUUAUUGUAGAGGAAUGGGGGCCAGAAUCUGCUUGUCGUUUCAGCACUUUCGUUGGGAUAGUGUCCCUCAUUGUAUCUGCAGUACAGGCGUGGAGAAUACUAUUCUACCUCUGCAAGGGUCACGAUGACUCCUUCUUUUAUGCCUUCGUAAAUCUGCUGGCGAGUUCCUUUGUGGUUUUUGUCAUCUUUGUUGCCAGCACAAUUGUCAGCGUGGGAUUUAACAUGUGGUGCGAUGCCAUCACUGAAAAUGGAAGCAUGCCAAACAGCUGUGAGGAGCUGCAGGAUACUGAUUUGGAACUACAUUUGGACAACUCCUCCUUUUAUGACCAGUUUGCCAUUGCACAGUUUGGACUGUGGGCUGCCUGGCUGACGUGGCUGGGAAUCACUAUCCUUUCUUUCCUAAAAGUCUACCACAAUUACCGACAGGAAGACCUGCUGGACAGCCUGAUCCAUGAGAAGGAGCUUCUGCUGGGGAGGUCUUCCAGACGGGGAUCAGAUCUGGAUGACAAGAGUGGCAUGAUCUAAUGUCCACCUCUUUGGAGUUCCAUGUUAUUUGCAUACUUCCUUUGAAUUGCCUGUGGUUCUCCCUGCCAUAGUUACUUAGAUAUUUGAGCACAAUUAGGUCUAUUCCAGGCUGGUUUUGGGUGUAAUCUGAUCCUUGUGGGGUAUAUCUAUAACACUAUAAUACCAUUGAACCUCAGCAGAACCAUUAGCUGGCCACAUAAUUGCCAACAAUGGCAAGAGAUUGGGAGAACGUUGAUAAUGAUAAGGUACUAUGGUACCACACUGAUUACAAUUGUCUACUCGUUCAUACCAUUUGGAUGUAUGUCAGUAUGGAUACUAUGUUACCAUUACCCCUUAGUACAAAACCAUUGCAUUGCCAUUGUAGAUCAUUUUGUAAGGAAGUGCAUUUUUAGAGACAGAAAAUACUGUCUUAUUUGAGCAUGGCUCUGCAGUGAGAGCAGCUUUCAGUCUCCAUCACACCUUUGUUGCUCCGAGACAAAUGUCGCUGAAAGUACCAUGCUAAGAACUCAGUUUUCACAUGGGAAUGGAUGGAAGUCAUUCAUCACUAAACAAAUUAUUAGAAAAAAAAAGUUUUAAUGCCUGCGCAUGGUUUCACAGACGCUGAUUAACACUGAUCUUGGACAACCCAAUUUAACCUUUACUCACUUAUCCCAUGACUGACUCGGUCAUUGAGGAUUCAGUUUUUCAUUUACCUCCACUUCAGGUGGUCUUUAGUAGCUUGGAGAAGCUCUUACUGCGAUUUCCCUAUAUAGGUGCUCUGGUCACAUGGCAAACCACUUCAGCUUCCGCCUCUUUACUGCUGCUAGUAGAUGCCUGUGGGAUCUAAUUAUUGUAGUUACUUCUUUAAUAGAGCUGUUAGUUUUAUGUGCAGAAUAUGCUAUCAGUAGGAAGCUUCUGAUACAUCUGAAGUCAAAGGCUUCAGUUCUUAAUUCUCUUCUUGCUGUUAGAGUCCAGGUUUUUCAUCCGUGCAGGUCUGUUGAGAACACAAUCGUUCUAAGAAGUUUUAUCUUGGAUGUACUUGAGAUGUUCUUGUCUUUCCAGAUUCUGUCAAGUUUUGCAAGUGCUGCUUACAGUCAUAAACAAAAAUACAUUUCAAGAAUCACAGUACAAGUAAUAAUACAAUUAAGAGCAAGAUAAAAAUACAAUGACUUUGGUUUUAGCAAGUACAAGAAUAUGACAAAAUACGAUUCAAUAACAGAGCAGAUAACAGUGUCAGUGAUAGUUACAUCAGUAUAUAAUUAAAUACAAAAUACUACAGAUUAAAUAACACUUGUGACAGAUUACAGUACUCUAAAGUACAUGAUUAAAUGCAGUAAAAUAGGGGGCAGAUAAGAGCAAGUAAAGUACAUUUAGGAAGAGUGAUAAGUGUCCAGAGGGAAAAAAGAGGAGUUCUACAUGUGCUGUCUGAAGAGGUGAGUCUUGAGGAGGCGUCGGAAGGUGGUCAGGGACUGGGCAGUCCUGACAUCUGUAGGAAGGUCAUUCCACCACUACGGAGCGAGGGUGGAGAAGGAGUGGGCUCUGGAGGCAAUAAUAUAAUAUAAUUAAGGAAAAGGUUGAACAGGCAUGGCAACAGGAGACAUCCAUGUCUUACCUCUUGUUUUGCAGAACCAGUUACUCAGUGUGUCACCAGCAAGAUAUUCACUCUGCAUUGUUGUAGAUGGCUCCAAUGGUUGUUAUUAUUCUUUUGCUAAUGUUAAGCUUCUUCAUCACCAUCGAUAGUGCGUCUUGCCAUACAUGAUCACAUGCUUUAUUGAAAUCUAUGAAGUUGUGAUGUAGUUCCUGUUGGUGUUAUAUGUGUUUUUCAUUCAGUAUUCUCAAGUUGAAGAUUGCUUCUUCUAGUUCUGAAAGCUGCUUUUUCUUCUGCAAGUAAUGCUUCUAAAUGAGGCUUAGCAGAACUUUGCUUGGGUGACUGAUCAGCUGAUAGUGCGGUGGCUUUUGUACUGGUGAAGGUUCCCUUUCUUGGACAUUGGAAUCACAGUAGAUCGUGCCUAUAGGGUUAGCCACCUCCCUGACUUCCAGGUAGUGUUUCAUAUUUUGUGAAGUAUGUCAAUGGUGACAUCUCCCCCAUUUUUCAGCAGUUCUGCAGGUAUGCUGUCUAUUCAUGCUGAUUCACCAAUUUUCGUACUGCUUCUUCAACUUUUUCUCUGAGUAUGGACAAAUCCUUAGGUAAGUUCAUAAUCAUUGCUAAUCUGGGUCUGUGAAACCAGACCUUAAUAUAAAAAGUGGUACAGUUUAAAAGGUGUACAUAAAUGAUAGCUAGGGUAUGGGAGUGCAUUAUAUACUCUGGAUAUCCAAACAAUUUGAAACAGUUGACCAUUGAACUUAAUGCCAGCGAAGGCAAUGGAAAUGGAAGUUUGUAAACAACAAAACUCUAUAAAAAGGCAUCAUAGUUGGCUGGACCUUACGUGCAAUACAUGCCAUCCUUUCUGUGUUACAUUCUUUAGUUGCCAAACAUUUUGCAUGCUGUGUGCUUUAAUGGAAGCAAUGUUAUAUAUAUACAAAUUUGAGAGUGGAGUGUGUUCAUGCCUACUUCCAUUAGCAUUGCACGCACUCAUUGUUAAUUAGUUUUGUCUCAUGUAUUGCAUAGAUUUGAGCAGUUUAGAAACCUAAUGCUUUGCUUUGAUAGAUUAUUGUUAUGGAUUUCAGCCUGCUUCGCUAAUGCUAUCACCUUAAACCUGUGUUUUCCUACUAGGUGAUGUCCUAUAACAUUCUUAAAAAAAUCUAGAUAAGUGUGGCUUACUUAAAACAGUGUUAUAGGAGGCUGUGUGGUCCAGUGGUUAAAGAAAAGGGCUUAUAACCAGAAGGUCUCCGGUUCAAAUCCCACCUCAGCCACUGACUCAUCGUGUGACUCUGAGCAAGUCACUUGACCUCCUUGUGCUCCGUCUUUCGGGUGAGAUGUAUUUGUAAGUGACUCUGCAGCUGAUGCAUAGUUCACACACCCUAGUCUCUGUAAGUCGCCUUGGAUAAAGGUGUCUGCUAAAUAAACAAAUAAUAAUAAUAAAGUGUUACUCACUUGUAAUAUAUAAAUAUUUUAACAGUCUCUUCUAAUUGCUUUAAUAUUAGUGUAGUCAGCCAAAUGAUUAGGAUUGUUUCACAAAAAAGGAAACUCAUCUUGAAUCUGGCUUUCCUAGCAUGUUGACGUCCAAGUGGCUUUCAAAGCACGUUCGUCAGAUGCUUCCACUGCCUUCUUGUGCAUACUAACAAUGGAGACAUGCCAGCAAUCCUUGAAUUAUUACGUUUCAGUCACCAGUUUUAUUUUGUGGUAUUUUUUUUUAUUAGACAUCGUACAUCUAACCCAACUUUCCAUAAGCCUCAAUGCUCUUUCCUUAACUCAAGGCACCAAGUCUUUAGCCUAUUAUUAUUAAUUUCUUAGCAGGCACCCUUAUCCAGGGUGACUUACAAUUGUAUCGCAUUAUUUUUUAUAUACAAUUACCCAUUUAUACAGUUUUUACUGGAGCAAUCUAGGUAAAGUACCUUGCUCAAGGGUACAGCAGCAGUGUCCUCCACCUAGGAUUGAACCCACAACCCUGUGGUCAAGAACCACUACUCCACACUGCUGCAGGCUACAUUCCAAAAAGAAUCCAUCAAAGGAUUCACACUUCUCUACUAGUGGAAAGAGACCAUUAUGUACUGCAUGAAUGAUGUUUUCCUGAGAUUUCUUGAAUCACUUCAGAGCUCAAUUUACUGUUGACUCAGGAGUUAUUCAGACUCUUCAGACACCAUUAGCCUUUCUCUAACCCUAUCUUUUAAAAUAAGAAUAAAAAAAAAAAAUGUAAAGGCACUUCUAUUAAAAGUGACAAUUGUGUACAUUGUAAUAACAUGCACAAGUAUGCACUUUAAAAGACCAAUAGACCUUGUUAAACUUGCUGCGGAUUUUGUGUUUCUAACUGUUGAGCACAAGUGUAGGUACUGAAGUGUUCUUUCAAUGUGUGUACUGUACUUUUAUCCAUGGGAACAGCUGUUGCAUUGUAUUGCUUAAACCUAUUUAAAGCAAGGCUUCCAAAUAUUGUGCUGUUAACAGUAUUAAUUGCAACACAGUAUGGAAAGGUAAUUUGUAAUGGAUGAUUAAAAGUGUUUUGUGUCUUC